GUGAAACCCACAGCUGCUAAGUACAGCACUCAUUAAUGGCGAAAACCACCGCUUCCGCCGCUCGAUUCCCGCCGAUCGAGAAAUGCGAGGUCUCGGACGCAAAUAGCAGCUCCAUAGCGGCGGACCUGGACGGAACUCUCUUGAUCUCGAGCUCCUCCUUCCCUUACUUCAUGCUCGUGGCGAUUGAGGCCGGCAGCCUCCUCCGAGGGCUGAUACUGCUGCUCGCGUUUCCGAUGAUCGCAAUUGCUUACAUAUUUGUGUCCGAGGCGCUUGCUAUACAGAUGCUGAUUUAUAUUUCCUACUCAGGACUCAAAGUGCGGGAUAUCGAGCUGGUGUCUCGCGCGGUGCUGCCGCGGUUUUACGCGGCUGAUGUGAGGGCUGAGAGUUACCAGGUUUUUGAGAAGUGCGGUAGGAAGGUGAUAGUCACGGCGAAUCCGACGAUAAUGGUGGAGCCGUUUGUGAAGGAUUUUUUAGGCGCAGAUAAAGUGAUUGGUACGGAGAUUGAGGUGGAUCCGAAGACGAGGAAGGCUACGGGGUUCGUGAAGGCGCCGGGGGUUUUGGUGGGGAAAUGGAAGAAGUUAGGGCUGUUGAAGGAGUUUGGGGAGGAGAAACCUGAUAUUGGCAUCGGAGAUAGGGAAUCCGAUCACGAUUUCAUGUCCAUUUGCAAGGAGGGCUACAUGGUGCACCGCAGCAAAACCACCAAGCCGCUGCCACUCGAUCGCCUGAAAAGCCGACUAAUAUUCCACGAUGGCCGAUUAGUCCAGUGCCCCACUCCACUCAAUGCCCUCAUCACCUACAUUUGGCUGCCAUUUGGAUUUAUUCUCUCGAUAAUCCGUGUAUACUUCAACCUCCCUCUCCCCGAGCGUAUCGUGCGUUACACAUACGCCAUGCUCGGAAUAAACCUUGUGAUCAAAGGCAACCCGCCCCCUCGACCCUCUCCCGGCAAACCUGGCAACCUCUAUGUCUGCAACCACCGAACUGCCCUCGACCCCAUUAUUAUCGCUAUAGGACUCGGCCGUAAAGUUUCAUGCGUAACAUACAGUGUCAGCAAGCUUUCAAGAUUCCUCUCUCCAAUCCCAGCCGUUGCCCUGACCCGCGAUCGUGAGGCUGAUGCUGCCAGAAUUAAAUCAUUGCUCGAAAAGGGCGACCUAGUCGUCUGCCCUGAGGGCACCACCUGCAGGGAGCCUUUUCUGCUGAGAUUCAGCGCCUUGUUCGCAGAAUUAAGUGACAAUAUCGUGCCUGUGGCCAUGAACCUCAAGCAGAGUAUGUUCCAUGGCACAACCGUCCGCGGCGUCAAGUUCUGGGAUGCUUAUUUCUACUUCAUGAAUCCGCGGCCAACAUAUGAAAUCACAUUCCUUGAGAAGCUUCCACCCGAGAUGACGUGCAAAGCUGGGGGGAAGAGCGCGAUCGAGGUUGCUAACCAUGUGCAGAGGAUCCUCGGAGGUGCACUCGGAUUCGAGUGCACUCAGCUGACCCGUAAGGAUAAGUACAUGCUUCUUGGUGGGAAUGAUGGCAAGGUGGAAUCAAUGUAUGGCAAGAAAUGAACCCAUCAAAACAGUUUGAGCAGCAGUUUGGUGAAGCUGUUUGGUUCAUUGCUGGAAAGCGGCUUUCUGUUUCUCAGGUAUAAUGUAGUAAGUAAUUGUAUUUGUUAUGAAAUACUAUUAUUCUGAUUUUUGUUGAGGAAUAAUUGCUUAAGAACUGCUAGUGUGUCCAUCUCUGAUUGUUGGGUGGGGUGGGGGUAUUAUUGUUAAUAUGCUGUGAUUUGAGUUUGGUCCUUUUCUAUUAUACUCUCUCUACAAUGAAAUGAAUGAUAAAUGUGUGAAAGGA